UUUAGUCUGUGUUUUGUGUGUGUGCGUGUGUCAAUGAAUCCUCUCGUUGCAUUUGCACUCCUCACAGCAGGUUUCUCACCGCACGUGCCUCAAAUGCUAGUCUUUGUAUAGUUUCAGGAGCCUUGAGAUUUAAUCAUCUAUUUGGCUUCCUUCAUUGUGGCUCCUCUUUAGUGAGUCACUCGGCACUUCAUGUGAGUCGCUCACUUGGUUGUGAGGAUGAAACCCACACAUGGCUCCCCCCCUCCCUACUCCUGUCAAAUCCCGCACCACGCCAUCCCUCCUCAUCUUCUUCAUCUUCCCCCUCCCCCCUUACUCAGAGCCAGGCUGGAACAGGUGGCCAAACAGCUGUUGCUAAGAAACCAAAAAGUGGUUACCCGUAGUUUUUAUAUGUUUUGUUCAAGCUGCCUCUUUAGCCGUUCCUUCAUUCUGUGUGAAUAUCUAGCUAUCUAUCGAGAUAGAGAGCAAGAGAUGCACUGUAUGUCUACAAAAAGUAAGAAUAUGACAGCAGUUUACUGAAUCACUUAACAGUAAUUCUUCUUUGUAUUUUGAUGACUGUAUUAUAUGGGUACUGGCCAAGUUGCACAAACCCAGGUGUCGCAAUGAUUUCAAUCUGAUGUACAAACGUGUCUGAUUCUUUGCAUUCUAUGUAAUUGUGUUAGUACUCUGUUUUAUGAUGUUAGUUUUAUAGAGUAUCAUUUUCUUUGCCUAAAAAAAAAUCCUGCACAUGGGUUUUGUAGGGUGGCUGGAACGAAUUAAUGGCAUCUCCAUUUAUUUCAGUGGAGUAAGAAUCCUUGGCAUACAAGUGUUGUGAGCUACAAAUGUGGAAAUGGAAGAACUUUUACUUCAGCUCUCGUAUUGAAUGUCAUCAGGUGCACCCCAGAAAGCAGAAGUGUCAUACUCAUUUUUGUCGCGGGCCACUUUGGAGUUAAGUCAAUCCGAGGGCCGUUAACGAAUGUUUAACAAUCUCAUUGCGUUGUUACUUUGAUUACUACUUUUGAAAUCACUCCAGUCAACUAUUUGUUUGUUGGUUGCUCGAUUAUUGUUCAAAUGAGUGUAAGCAGGGUGACAAAAUUAUUGGAUCAUGGAAGUUGAUCGACAUGAUUUGCUUUUGCAGACCACCUAAAAUGAUAUGGCAGGCCAGAUGGGGCCCCCGGACCUUGAGUUUGACACCAGUGUACGAAAGUGUCCGCUGUGUAUCUCCCUGGGUGACAAACCAUCAAAUGCCUUCGGAGCGUGGGAACAAAGCCCCGCCCUGCACAUUCAGACUCCUCCUUCGUGACGUCACUGCAUCUUAAAGUUGUCCCUUGAGGGCGUCCCCCGGCCGCUCGUCGCUCCUCUGCCGUCCUCCGCCAAUGGUUCUUCACACCGCUUCUGCCUCGGGUGUGCGUCCCACGCGUGGGGAGCACGGCCGCCGCUUCGGCCACCGCCAACGUCCGCCGGUGCCUGCGUGGAAGUGGGGAUCGCCGCUUCCCCCGCCAACCUCUGCUCGUCGAGGAAGGAGAACUCACCCGCCGCUUAUGAACGACUCGGCCGCGCCGUCUCCGGCGAACGACUCGCAGCCGUGGACGGAGUCGGAACUCAACGGCACCCUGGCGCUGUCAUCAAGCGUCCCGCUGGCCUUCGGCGUCAACCCGUGGGACAUUAUGCUAUGCAUGUCGGGCACGGCCAUCGCCUGCGAGAACGCCAUCGUGGUGGCCAUCAUCGUCUACACGCCCACGCUCAGGACUCCCAUGUUCAUGCUUGUCGGCAGCCUGGCCACGGCCGACCUGCUGGCCGGCGUGGGGCUCAUCCUCAACUUCGUCUUUCAGUACGUGGUCUCCUCGCAGACGGUCAGUCUGGUGACGGUGGGCUUCCUGGUGGCGUCCUUCGCGGCGUCCAUCAUCAGCCUGCUUGCCAUCACGGUGGACCGCUACUUUUCACUCUACAACGCCCUCACUUACUUCUCGGAGAAGACGCUGCGCUGGACCCACGCCAUGCUGCUAGCCACCUGGGGCGCGUCGCUGCUCUUGGGCCUGCUGCCCGUGCUGGGUUGGAACUGCCUGGACGAGCCGGAGACGUGCAGCAUCGUGCGGCCGCUGACGCGCGGCAACGUGACGCUGCUGGCCACCGCCUUUUUCGUCAUCUUCGCGCUCAUGCUGACACUCUACUUUAAGAUCUGUAAGAUCGUGUGCCGACACGCCCACCAGAUCGCCUUGCAGCAGCAUUUCUUCUCUGCCUCGCACUACGUGGCCACCAAGAAGGGCGUGUCCACCCUGGCCAUCAUCCUAGGGACUUUCGGUGCCAGCUGGCUGCCCUUCGCUGUCUACUGCCUGGUGGGCGAGCGAGAGUACCCGUCGGUUUACACGUACGCCACCCUGCUGCCCGCCACCUACAAUUCCAUGAUCAACCCCAUCAUCUACGCCUACAGGAACGCCGAGAUCCAGCGCUCCAUCUACUUGCUACUGUGCGGCUGCUUUCGUCCAAACGCCGCCUACCGCUCCAGGUCGCCCAGUGAAGUGUGAGCCCCCAAGGACGGAGCGGAGAACAAAAAAAACGACCGCCUGUCAUAGACUUAUAGACAAGUCGUCAUGUUACAUCAAAAUCACGAUAUUUUGAUAUUUCAGCGGGAACGUUACGAGCAGAGAUGGACAUUUUACAAAAUUCUGCCAGUCCGUCUUUUGUCAUCCAUCAGUGGCCUGGGUACCUGUCAGUCAUCCUCAGUCCGCCAUUUUAUUUUUUUCAGGUCGAACCAAAUUUAUCGUCAGUCUGUCAUGUUAUUUUUCUGGCACCCCGCCUGUCUGUAAAUUUCAAAUACGGUGACUAACAAAGACAUAAAUAAUCAAAACGGAUGACUAAGAAAUCAAAAUGUCCAAGGGAAACAAACACAAAAAACAGUUGUAUGAUAUCAAAAAUAUAACAAUAUAACGCUCCAAGGAAAAAAAAACGUAAACUGUCAACCCAAAUCAUUCUGGGAUUAACUUUGUAACGUGAAAGAUUCGUCGCGACAUAUGCUUGUUGCAACGCUCCUUUUAUUUUACACCCCAAAUCAGUCUUCGUAGAAGGUGCUUUGAUUUUUUUAUUUUUUUUACCCACACAUUUUAUCGUAUUUCAGAGUUCAUAUAUUUUAUUGUAUUUCAGAGUUCAUAACAUAUUUAAUUUGACAUUUUUAUUUUUUUAUUUUUUUUAAGGUAACUUGUGUGUAAAAUGGCAGCCAUUGGAUACCUGCACUUUAAACUCAACACAAGUUCCGUAGGGAGCGUUGAAAACCAUUUUGAACAAGAAAAUAAAGAAUGUGAGAAAAAAAAUUCAGACUUCACCUGUGAAUGUACUUUCAUGGAAAAAAAAACAUUUGCACUUUAUUCAACGUCUUGUUUGUUUUUGUUUCAUUUUGAAAUGCCAAAGCAGUAUCAUAACAACCCUUCUUGUGUGACGUGGUGUGAUAUUUUUCUAUUUUGUAUGUUUUGUGUCUUUCACUGUGUUUUCUACUGGGGGUCGGGGGUAAACAAAACAACAAAGAAUAAAGUGCUAAAUAGGCAAAAAGG